UAUUAACAUACUUUUUAUGUUAUUUCUGUAAAAUUUUUCAUAAUUUUUCCUUGUUGACACAAUGGUGAGUAUAGAAAAUGAGGACGUGGAAAAAAUUUUGGAAAUAAUCGAAGAGCACCGAAAAUCCUUAACGUUAACCAGCCGCUUGGACUUCAAAGAUGAACGAAGGCAAAAAAGCAGCAUCACAACCGAUUGGGAAUCGGUCUUGAAGGACGAUGAAACGAAUAUUGCGCAAGUCAACACUGAAGACACACAAAGCAACCACAUGCAUGCGGGAUUUAUGGAAUACGAGCGUCCUUUGGAGGAAUUCUGCACAGGCUCGAAAUACGAGGGGUCCUGGAACACCCUGGGCUUCUCUGGGUAUGGAAAAUACAUAUUCCCCCAUGGGCCGACGUACGAAGGGGAAUUCAGCGAUGGUUUGUUUCAUGGUUCUGGCCAAAUAACCUACACAACUGGCGAUAAGCAGAAAAUAUUGUCUGCUAUAUUUCGAAAUGGUGAUAUCUUGGAAGAUACAGUUUCCUUUCAAGUGGGGGUCAAAAAGCUUACAGCUACUAACAUGGAAUAUUGCAUUAUGCCCGAUAGAAGAUUUAAUAUCGAGUUGAGUUUAAACCCUUUACCGGCAGUCACGGAUGAGUAUCUAACAAACGCUGAAACUCCUAGAAAGUUAUACGAAAAAACGUACGAUGUUGGUAACGGAUAUUUUGAUGUAAAAAGAAAUGUAAUAAUAGAGGAUGACCCUGAAGAACAACAAGCUAAAAUAUUAAUCCCGAAAAAAGAACACCAAGAUUGGAUUGUUGCGCACUGCAGGGCCGACAAAGACUUUCCGGUAGGUCAUCAACCAUCCCUUUAUGAAUUCUGGAUGGCAGGUCGAACUAUGGAACGCGUGAGAAGUGGUUUCCUCGUGAAAGAAGAUUCACAAUCAAUAUCCUACAGAGAUUCCACGGAUUCUGAAGAUAUAACCGUUAUUACAUCUGAAGCGAAUAGUACGGUGGGGAGUACAUCUUUAGCUUAUGAUAAUCUUGCUAAAGCAAUCAGCGAGAUAAAACUUCUAUUGCACAGUGUCAAUGAGAAUAUAUGUCCGCAAGAUAGUGUUUCCGAUAAUGUAGCCAUCAAUUAUAUGGACAGUAUCAUAGACUAUAUACAAAGGCAAUACGUUGGACUAUCGGACAGCAAUAUCAUGGAAGAACACGAGCAAAGCGUCCAAGAUGGGAGAAGCAUCCCGUCCACCUACCCUGAUGAAGAUAUCAAAGAGUACCUCAAAAAAAUGUCACCCGGGGGUUACGAAGAAACACCAAUAAAACCUAUAAAAAUCAGGUCGAAACAAGUUGUUACCAGGGAAACGUACCAACUACAUUCAGACGAUGAUGACGAUGACGAUGAACCCAUGUCUGAUGUGGACUUUAGUCUGGAAGACUUGGACGAUGAUUUGGAUCUCUUAUCCGAAACAAUCGAGAAAGUUGAAGAGGAUGAUGAGGCUAAGGAAGAUGAGGCUGAAGAAGAUGACGUUGCAGGAGAUAUGAACGAAGACGGCUAAAUUUAUGUUAAAUGUAAGAUAAAGUAAUAAAGCCAUGGGCAAAUUUAAUUAAAUUGUGACAUAUGUUCUUAGAACGACAUUGCAUUGUAACCUUUAAUUUGAAUUAUGGAUUGAAACACA